AAAUCUAUUCAUUUCAAGUUUUCCUCAGAAAAGCUCUUCACCAUGAGACUGUGUUUGGCCGUGCUGGCUGUGUGCCUCAGCACUGUAUCUGCUGCCCCCACUGUGGACAGAGAGCUAGACGGUCACUGGCAACAGUGGAAGGAGUGGCAUAAUAAAGACUAUCACGAGAAGGAAGAAGGAUGGCGGCGAAUGGUCUGGGAGAAGAACUUGAAAAAGAUUGAGCUGCACAACCUGGAGCACUCGCUGGGCAAGCACACUUACCGCCUGGCAAUGAAUCACUUUGGUGACAUGCCCCAUGAGGAAUUCAGGCAGGUCAUGAAUGGCUACAAGCACAAGGCGAGGAAGAUCAGGGGAUCUCUCUUCAUGGAGCCUAACUUUCUGGAGGCCCCAAGCAAGUUGGACUGGAGAGAGAAGGGAUAUGUAACUCCUGUCAAAGACCAGGGUCAGUGUGGUUCUUGCUGGGCCUUUAGUACUACUGGAGCCAUGGAGGGUCAGCAGUUCAGAAAGACUGGCAAAUUGGUGUCCCUCAGUGAGCAGAACCUGGUUGACUGCUCUCGUCCUGAAGGCAAUGAGGGCUGCAAUGGGGGACUCAUGGACCAGGCCUUCCAGUACAUCAAGGACAAUGGUGGCUUGGACACUGAAAAAUUUUACCCCUACCUUGGAACUGAUGACCAGCCUUGCCACUACGAUCCCAGUUAUAGUGCAGCUAAUGACACUGGCUUUGUGGACAUCACCAGUGGUAAAGAGCAUGCUCUGAUGAAGGCUGUGACUGCAGUUGGUCCAGUGUCUGUAGCCAUUGAUGCUGGACAUGAGUCCUUCCAGUUUUACCAAUCAGGUAUUUACUAUGAGGCAGACUGCAGUAGUGAGGACUUGGACCAUGGAGUUCUUGUGGUUGGCUAUGGCUAUGAGGGUGAAAAUGUGGAUGGGAAGAAGUACUGGAUUGUCAAGAACAGCUGGAGUGAACAGUGGGGCAACAAAGGCUACAUCUACAUGGCCAAGGACAGACACAACCACUGUGGCAUUGCUACAGCAGCCAGCUACCCACUGGUUUAAGAAGAACCUCCAGCAAGGCUUUCAGAAGGCCUUGUCUCAAUCUCUUCAGUAGUUCACUACCAUAAAGUGUCUUCCCUGGUGUUGUGACGCACAGCUGCAGUGAAGAGCUUGUUAAUUGUGAUAAGGGAAAGUAUUCAUCCCAAUUUGUGUGUGAAAUGAAGACCUAUUGAACAGAACUGUAUAGGUCUUUCAUGAAACAGUUUUAUGCAAUUGUUUUAAGUAGGGUCUUAAUUUUUUAUGUAAAUAUUUAAGUUGGGUGUUUAGCCAAAAUGUAAAUGCCUUCUUGUUUUUGUCUUUUGUUUCAUGAUCACUUAAACCAGUUUCAGUACACAUUUCAGUUUCCUGUGCACCCCCCCCCCCCCCCCCCCCCCCCCCCUCCAAGCAAUUAAACCAUGGGCUGAUGGUCAUUGCCUGGUUUGGGUUUUAUUUUCUUGAAGUGCAUCUUUUUGUUUAUUGCUUAAGUCAGAUCAAAUAUAAUCAAUGUAUGUACACAGGCUGUUUACAAAGAUUUGCCAUUGCUUUUGAACAUGUACAGUAGUUGACUAAAAUCUUGGAAUUGACUAA